UUCUCCGUGCACGUGAGAUUAGGCUGCUCUUAGCUCUCUGUCCGGUGAACCCGAGGACACCGGCAAAGUGAGAGUCCCACACACUGCGGCAGGUGUUCGGGGAAGGAUGUCAGGGAUGAGUCCGUGGAGGAGAACCAGAAGCUAACGGCUGCUGGAUGUUUGAAGGUGUUUCUGGUCCUGCUGGAGGAACAGGUGUCAGCUGCUUUCUCCAUCCCGACUGGAUCCACGCGCGCUUUACUCUGGUCUGCUGGUGCUUUUUUUAAAGUUAUUAUUACCACUGAGCCAUGUUCUGGACACAGUGGCUCGUCCUGCUGCUUUGGUGGGGGGCUACCUGUGCGGAGCAGCAUGCCGAGGAAAGGGACGGCCAACGGGAUGGGGUCAGGUCGGACCCCCGCAGGCAGCGGUCCCCUCCGCCGGUGGAACCGCUGGACUUUGGGUUUGUUCCCGCAGCGGUUUAUGACACCCACGCAUACUACGAGCCGGGGACCAUAGGAAUCCUUUUUCACAUGGUCCACGCGUUUCUUUAUGUGGUUCAACCAAACUCUUUCCCUAAAGAUCUUAUUGUUAGAAUCAUACAGCAAAACAUGGGAGGAAUUAAAAUAGAAGAAUGGAGAAAGCCAGACAACGUUGUCCUGCUGCUACAGUGGAUCCACUAUGAGUCUGGAUUCUUAAUAUGCACGGUCUUUGGGAUCGUGUUUGUGAUCCUCACCCCCAUCGUUGCCACCUGUUUCUGCAUGUGUCGAUGCUGUGACAACUGUGGAGGUGAGAUGCAUCAGAGGCAGAGGAAAAACGCCGACUGCCACCGAGGGUUCUUCACCGCCUCGCUCAUUGCUACCACCAUCUUCAUAAUUCUGGGAGUACUUGUCGCCUAUGCAGCCAACCACAACAUCAGCUCUCAGAUCAAAAGCACUCGAAGACUCAUAAACACCAACAUGAGAGACCUGAAGACAUUCGCUAACAACACCCCAGCGCAAAUCGAUUACCUGACUGCCCAGUACACCACUGCAAAGAAUAAAGUCCUGUCAGACCUCGACAACAUUGGCCCUUUGCUGGGAGCCAGAAUCCACAGUCAUCUAGAGAAAGAGGUGGUUCCUGCGCUGGAUGCUGCCCUUCGGAUGGCAGGAGCGAAAGUUGAGAGUGCUAUUAAAGCUAUGCGGGAGACCAAGGAGGCCCUGGAAAACGUCAGCUCUGCAUUGGAGAUCCUUCAGGAAGGAAUGGGAAAGCUUCAGGCCAGUUUGACAGGGGAGCGCUCCUCUCUGUCCAACACCCUGUCUGACCCUGCCUGCACAAACGGAGCCGCGUCUCCCACCUGCAAUUCAAUCCGGUCUGCGCUGCCUCAGCUGGGAGUCAAUGCUGAAUUCUCCAGGCUCCCAGAUGUUAAUGAUGCCUUGGCUAACAUUAACACGGUACUGAAGGUAGAUCUCAGCAACAUUGUCCAAAAGGGUUAUGCCUCCUUUAAUGACACACCAGCGUUGGUAAAAGAGCAAACCAAAAACAUAGUCACAGCUCUGCCUCGAGUGAAAAACAUGCUGGAUAAGAUUGGAAAUGAGAUCACCGCAUUCUCUAAGAUGUUCCCAGUGGAAUCCUCUCUGGCUAAUUUCACCAUAUUUCUCAAUGAAAGACACAAGUAUCUCGAGUCGUUUUAUCCUCAGAUUGACCAAAUGGAUUUCUACAGGUGGAUCAUCUGCGUUGCUGUGCUCUGCACAGUCGUCCUUAUUUUGGCCUUUAAUGUGCUUGGUCUGCUCUGUGGCACCUGUGGCUACGAUAAGCAGGCUACCCCGACAACACGUGGCUGCCUGUCGAACACCGGAGGAAACCUGCUGAUGGCUGGCGUGGGCUUCUCAUUUAUCUUUGCCUGGGGACUGAUGGGCAUCGUUACAACCAUGUUUGUUGUUGGAGGCAACGUGGAGAAGCUGAUAUGUGAACCUCUGGCUAACCGACAGCUGUUCAAGAUCAUAGAUACACCUUUUCUGGUUCAUCCUGAAAAAAGGAAUUUCCUUCCUGGGAUGCUCUUCCAGAAUCCAAACAUCGACCUGACCCUGGGCAGCAUGUACAGGGAGUGCUAUGAGAACAAUGGGCUGUAUCACGCUCUGCAGCUGGAGAAUAUCUUCAACAUCAACACCUUCCUCAACAGGACAGUGUACAACAGAGAUCUGGCUAAAGUGUUUGAUGGAGUUCAAGUGGACCUGAAGGACAUCAUGCUACUGGACCAGGCCAGCAGAGAUAACCUCAUCAACUUUGCAAACUCAGGACUCGGAGAUAUCGACUAUCCAGCUUACCUGGCUGAGGUGAAUAAGGGGGUCACUCUUGUUGACCUGCUGUCUUUCUGCUCUGACCUGGAGGACCAGGCCGACCAGCUGCCACGUGGAGCUUUGGAGAACGCAUUGAAGGGACACGCUAGCAGCAUCAGAACGAUCCACAGGGAGCAGGUGGUUCCCCUGGAGCAAGCAAUGAGCACCCUCAGCCAGAGCAUCAAACUGCUGCAGAGGACAUCCAACGACCUGCCUAUGAAAGUCACAAACAUUCUGAGUGCCAUUGAUGCAGCGGAGUACCUCAUAACUCACAAUGCUUCACAUGUUGUUAAACAGGAGACCAAGGCCUUUGUGCAGAGCCUUGUGAGUUACUUCAAGCAGUACACUGAAUGGGUUAAAAACUCGCUAACAGCAGAGGUAGCCCAGUGUAAACCCAUCAGCAACAUGGUGGACAGCAUGGAGAUCGUGGCAUGCAGCUUCAUCAUCGACUCAGUGAACACAUUUUGGAUGGGUUUGGGAGCCUGCUGCAUCCUUCUGAUUCCCAGCAUUAUCUUUUCCAUCAAACUGGCCAAAUACUACAGACGGAUGGACACAGAGGACGUCUUUGAAGAUAGGGCUAAAACACAUAAUCACGAUAAACAGGUGUGUGAUCACAGAGGAAACGUCGCCCCGCUCAGCUCUCCCUAUAAUGAAACAUUGACUUGGUUCCCUCGGGCCUCAGCUCCACCAAGUGAAUGGUGACCUUCAGGAACGCUCUUCCUUAUUAGAGGUAUUUACAACCUGUGAAAACCUCCAUCUAAUGGUCACCUAACUUCACUAACCGCCCAUCGGCCACUCAGCAUCAAACCGUCUUCAGUUUGGUAUCAUUCUCCUGAUGAGAAACAUCACCUUUUUUAUUUUUAAUACCUACUCUCACCUUCUUGAUCUGUUGUCUUUUCUUAAAGAUUGCAGUGAAAAGAUAAAUAAAAACUGGUCCAUCUGACUCGCAUACAUCAACACCGCUCCAUGAUGCAACAUCAGUUAAAUCUCAGAGAGUAAUGUGCCAAUUUCUUCCAAGCAGCCAGAUAUAAGUAAUGACCUUAUUAAGUAGAUAAGUCAGAGAAAAUUAGGCAUCUUUCAUUUAUUUAAAAUUAGUAAAGUUGACAAUUGGAUGCAUUUUAAAGUCACCUCUCCUAAAUAUUUCAUGCUUGUUAAACCAGCCUAUCUUUAGUAUUUGUUUAGGAUUUUACUAAAGAAUUAGACACAACAAGCCUUUAAAAGUGGUUCCUUGAUAAUUUGCCUUUUUGCGUCCCUCAAAGUUUAGAUGAUAAAAACAAAAACUUAAAAAAUGUCCAGCCUGAAAAAGGUGGAAAAAGCGAAUCUUUAAAUAAGUUUAUUAAGCAGGGAGCACACCCCACAUGAGGAAAUAAUGGUUUGUUUAAGAAAUGCAGUAACACCGGUGGUUGGUCAAUCCUUACAACAUCCCUACAAUAAGGUUCACUGAAGCGUUGACGAUAUUCAUACCAAUUGCUUCCCUUGGGUGCAAUUAUGACUUUGAAUCAGAGACUUUCUCUUACCAAGCCUGCUAAGUGGGAAAGAUAAGAAAACAUUCUAUUGAAAGCAGAUAUAGCUGAUCCCCAUAUAUGAGGAAAGGGCUAAAAAAGAAAAUGACUGCUUGCAUAAUGGCUGUAUUUAGACUCAGAACAAUGAUGGAAUGUUUAAACCAACUAGAACUGAACAAGCGUGGCUGGAAUGUUUAUUUCGUCACCACACACAGGAAGCAGAAUAGAAAUGAACUGAAAAAAACUCUUUGUGCAGCCAAAAGUGACUCCUCAGGAAAAACAAUACUUUUUAAAAAAGGUUUAUUUUAAAGGUUUACAGAUUACCAAAUGAAAGAUACAUAUAAGAAUCAACAAGAGGUUCUAUCAAACUGAAAUAAAUAAUGAUGUAUAGUGAUGAUUAAAUUAAAAUAAACAAUGAUUUAGUAAAAAAAACUAAUGAAUGAAGAUGAAAAGUAGCAGACAGAGAGAGUAGGAGAAUUCAAAAAUGAGGAAACAAGCUUGGAGUCUUGGUAUUUAUUCUGAUCAGAAAACACCUAAAAGAGCUUGUCAGCCUCGUAAAACAAUGAAGGAAAUCAUUUUUGGCCUCAUUCUGAGCACUAACAAAAAAGAGGUUUCCAGCCAAUGUUAAAAAAGUUAAAAUUUGAGGUGUUUUUGCACAAUGCACCGUGUUUGAUUUGAUGUCUUC